CUGAGUCUCCCCGGGGAGGGCGGAGGGCGGCUGGCGGCGGGGACCGGGUGCGGUGGUGGCUGCGGCGGCGGCGGCGGCGGCAGCAGCAUGGACUGGGGCACUGAGCUGUGGGAUCAGUUCGAGGUGCUCGAGCGCCACACGCAGUGGGGGCUGGACCUGUUGGACAGAUAUGUAAAAUUUGUGAAAGAACGCACCGAAGUGGAACAGGCUUACGCCAAACAACUGCGGAGCCUGGUGAAAAAAUAUCUGCCCAAGAGACCUGCCAAGGAUGAUCCCGAGUCCAAAUUCAGCCAGCAGCAGUCCUUCGUACAGAUUCUCCAGGAGGUGAAUGACUUUGCAGGCCAGCGGGAGUUGGUGGCCGAGAACCUCAGUGUCCGUGUGUGUCUUGAGCUGACCAAGUACUCACAAGAGAUGAAACAGGAGAGGAAGAUGCACUUCCAAGAAGGGCGGCGGGCCCAGCAGCAGCUGGAAAACGGCUUUAAACAGCUGGAGAAUAGUAAGCGUAAAUUUGAGCGGGACUGCCGGGAGGCAGAGAAGGCAGCCCAGACUGCUGAACGGCUAGACCAGGAUAUCAACGCCACCAAGGCUGACGUGGAGAAGGCCAAGCAGCAAGCCCACCUUCGGAGUCAUAUGGCCGAAGAAAGCAAAAACGAAUAUGCAGCUCAACUGCAGCGCUUCAAUCGAGACCAAGCCCACUUCUAUUUUUCACAGAUGCCCCAGAUAUUCGAUAAGCUCCAAGACAUGGAUGAACGCAGGGCCACCCGCCUGGGUGCCGGGUAUGGGCUCCUGUCGGAGGCCGAGCUGGAGGUGGUGCCCAUCAUCGCCAAGUGCUUGGAGGGCAUGAAGGUGGCUGCAAAUGCUGUGGAUCCCAAGAACGACUCCCAAGUCCUUAUAGAGCUGCACAAGUCAGGUUUUGCCCGCCCAGGCGACGUGGAAUUCGAGGACUUCAGCCAGCCCAUGAACCGUGCACCCUCGGACAGCAGUCUGGGCACCCCCUCGGAAGGACGUCCUGAGCUCCGAGGCCCAGGCCGCAUCCGCACCAAGCGCUGGCCCUUUGGCAAGAAGAACAAGCCUCGCCCCCCACCCCUCUCCCCCCUGGGGGGUCCCGUACCCUCGGCAUUGCCUAACGGACCCCCGUCCCCCCGCUCCGGCCGUGACCCCUUGGCCAUACUGAGCGAGAUCAGUAAGUCGGUCAAACCGAGGCUAGCAUCCUUCCGCAGCCUUCGAGGCAGCCGUGGGACAGUGGUGACCGAGGAUUUUAGCCAUUUGCCCCCAGAGCAGCAGCGAAAGCGGCUUCAACAGCAGUUAGAAGAACGCAGUCGUGAACUUCAGAAGGAGGUUGACCAGAGGGAAGCCCUAAAGAAAAUGAAGGAUGUCUACGAGAAGACACCCCAGAUGGGAGACCCCGCCAGCCUGGAGCCCCAGAUCGCUGAAACCCUGAGCAACAUCGAACGGCUGAAAUUGGAAGUGCAGAAGUAUGAGGCGUGGCUGGCAGAAGCUGAAAGUCGAGUCCUUAGCAACCGGGGAGACAGCCUGAGCCGGCACGCCCGGCCUCCCGACCCCCCUGCUAGCGCCCCACCAGACAGCAGCAGGAACAGCGGAUCACAGGACACCAAGGAGAGCUCUGAAGAGCCUCCCUCGGAAGAGAGCCAGGACACCCCCAUUUACACGGAGUUUGAUGAGGAUUUCGAGGAGGAACCCACAUCACCCAUAGGUCACUGUGUGGCCAUCUACCACUUUGAAGGGUCCAGCGAGGGCACCAUCUCUAUGGCCGAGGGUGAAGACCUCAGUCUUAUGGAAGAAGACAAAGGGGACGGCUGGACCCGGGUCAGGCGGAAAGAGGGAGGUGAGGGCUACGUGCCCACCUCCUACCUGCGAGUCACACUCAAUUGAACCCUGCCAGAGGCGGGAAGAUGGGGGCUGUCGGCUGCUGCUUCUGGGCCACGGGGGGCCCCAGGACCUAUGCACUUUAUUUCUGACCCCGUGGCUUCAGCUGAGACCUGUGUAACCUGCUGCCCCCUCCAUCCCCAACCCAAUGCCACCUGUCACUCCGGACGGACCCGCUGUGCCUUCUACCAUCGUUCCACCAUUGAUGUACAUACUCAUGUUUUACAUCUUCUUCUUGCCGCUCGGCUCCGGCCAUUUUGUUUUAUACAAAAAUGGAAAAAAAAAAAAAAAAAAAAAGAAAUUACAUAAA